CUCCCUCUCUCUCCUCCCCAAAAUUCCACUUUGGCAAUCCGCAAUCCAAACCCAAUUCAAAGUUUUCACUUCUUUUUUUGGGAGGGAAACCAAAACUCCAAAACCCCCCCAAAAUUUUCAUUUCGCCAAAAAAAACACACACAGAGAUUGAACCAAGGCAAAAAUGUCAGGCAAAGGAGCAAAGGGUUUGAUUACUGGGAAAUCUUCCGGAUUGAACAAAGACAAAGAUAAGAAAGCCCCUAUUUCUCGCUCUUCUCGCGCUGGUCUUCAGUUUCCUGUCGGCCGUGUUCACCGUCUGCUGAAGACGAGGGUUAGUGCAAAUGGAAGAGUCGGUGCAACAGCAGCUGUUUACACGGCAGCAAUACUCGAGUACCUGACUGCAGAAGUACUUGAACUUGCAGGAAACGCGAGUAAGGAUCUGAAGGUGAAGCGUAUAACACCUAGGCAUUUGCAGCUUGCUAUUCGCGGUGAUGAGGAACUUGAUACACUGAUCAAAGGGACUAUUGCUGGUGGUGGAGUUAUUCCUCAUAUCCACAAAUCUUUGAUUAACAAGUCAUCUAAGGAUUAGACCUUCUGUUUAUCUGUUUGAAUUAGCCACAGGAUUGGUGAUUAUGUUACUGAUGUGUUCUGUAGGUGUACUUUUGGUAGUCUGAGUUUUCAUUCUGUGCAUUGUCAUGUCCGUUUAGUUGCAGAAUAUGGUAUUGUUAUGAUGUUACAUUAUCCAUAUGGUUAAUUUUCUUAGAUUCGUCUCGAUA